CUUCUCCAAAUGGCACUCAGGCUCUCGGGAAGGAUCCAGGAGACUCGGGAGUGCCUGGCAGCUGUGGCAGGCUCUUGGAAUAGUCUGGCCCAGCAAGUGCUUGGAUUUAUCCUGUCAGGUGACUUUCCAAGAGGGAAGCAGGCUUUGGAUGAGACCCUGCUGGGUUUAGCAGGAGCAGUGCAGGUGGCAGGAGGCAUUGCAAGCACAGCCUGCAGUAGGGAAAAUCCAAAUCCCUCUCAUGUCCAGGAGAGCUUUCUGCAGCUCCAAGCCAAGUUUUCCCAUGCUGAGCUGAACACCAAAGGGUUCCUGGAGAAGGCAGUGUCCUUCAGGGAAUCCUGUGGGAUGGAAAAGGCCAUGCUGGAGCUGCACGGUGUCCGGUGGGCCAUUGGCAUGCGUGUCCUGCUGGAUGCCAUGGAUCAGUUCGUGGGCAGGGAUGUCCUGUUCCUGAGGGAGCUGAGCAGAGCCGUGAGGAACAAGGUUGGCCCACGGAGCCUCCUGGCUGCUGUGGCUGAGAAUUCCCUCAGGUUGCAGGAAGCUGCCCGGCUCUCCUUCCUAUCCUGCCCUGGAGACCACGGUGCCAGAGAAAUCCUGGCACUCCGGGAGGAGAUCCAGGUGCUCAUGGAAGCGCUGCUGGAUGUGUCCAACACCCUCCUGCACUCCCCACUGCCUACUGCCAGCCUGGCCACCCGCUUCGAGCUCCUGCAGAGGGAUGUGGCCCUCAGGGCCAAGGCAUUGCUGCUCCACUUGGAAAGGGUCAACAAGAAACAGCUGCAGCUGAUCCAAGAUGUGGUUGGAGCAGCUCUGUCCGACCUCCCCCAAGAAGAGAGGCAGAGGAGCAAAGAAGGCUUUGAGGAGAAGGCAAAUCAGCUCCUGGCUGAUGUCCAGAGGGUCAGAAACACCCUCCAGGGUGCUCUGGGGGCCGGUGCUCAACUUACAUCCCAGCCUGACCUCCUAUCCAUGGCUGACCACCUCCUGCUCCUCACAGCUGACGUGGUGGGAAGCGCCUGGCGGCACUUCCAGAGCCACCAGGACCCUGGAGAUCCCCACCUGGAAGGCAUGGUGUGGUACUGGUCGGCCAAGGCUCACUACCUUGUCACACAGCUCUGGGGUAUCCAUGGAAUUGACAGGGACACCCUGCGGUGCCUCACAGAAUGCCUGCAGCGGGAACGCUCCCCAGGAUCACCCAGCAGCACAGCUGGACUGUCCCCAGCUCCAGAGCCCCCUGAGGCAGCAGGAAUUCAUCCAUGCAGGAGCAGAGGAGUGAGUGGAGCCGUGCAGGAUGUGCGUGAACUGGUAUGGGAGCUCUUUUCCCUGGCAGGGUGUUGGUCAGGGCUGUCCGUCAUUCCUGGUGCUCCCAGCACGGAGCAGGAAUGCUGGCAGGGCCUCUGGAGGUCAGCAGGCCGACCCUGGGCCACUCAGGCAGCUCAGGUUGCUGGCAGCCCUGGAUUCCUGGAUAUCCGAUCAGCCAGGCUCUCCUACAUCCAUCCCAAUCCAUUUCAGAGGCAGAGAGGCUGUAGCUCUCCCUCACCUCCACACAUUCUCUCUGGGAAUACCAGCAACUCCAUUCCCAUGGGUUUCAGGAGCUGGGAAAGGCUUUGGCACAGACCCAGGUCCCUCAGCAAAGUGCUUUAGAAUUCUCAUUGUGCUGGGAAUGAAUUGCAAACUGUCAGCUUGCAGGACACCCCACUCCCAUUUUGAGAUGGCUCCAAGGGCUUUGGAUUUAGGGAGAAGAGCUGGUGGAAGGUGGAGUGGACCCAGAAGGGGGUGGGCAACUCUCCCACCAACUUUACUCACCAAAAUCUCCUUCAGAAACAUCCAGGUGGAGGAGAGCACUCGGCAUCGCUGUGUCCACACAUUCCAGGUCUGGAAUCUGCUCCAUUACUGCCCCAGCAGCACCAGGAUGGCCCUUCCAGCACCUCCCCUGCAAAGCAGGAGAGAGCAAACUGUGACAAGUGGCAGGGUGGCCCCAGCAGGGUGUCCCAGGUGACCCAGGACAUGGCCACGAGGCAGCUCCACAUGGCUCAGUUCCUGCGCAGGAAGGGCCCCAUUGCGGUAAGGCAGCGUUUCACCCCUCUAGUUUUCCCUUAGGAUCAUGGCAACUCCAUCCCAAAUCCCUGUGUCAACCCAGCUCUUGGGACAGUGGCACCAGCUCUAUUUAUGCAAAAUACUCCAAAUUCCUUCCUCCUGGUUGGAUGUGAGCUUGGCACCCUGUCCUUUCCUCAGGAUCUAUCUGAGCCUCCUGGACCUUCCCUGUUCUGCAGGAAAAGCUUUUUUUCCUUCUAUCCCCAAUCCCAUUGAUUUUUAUCCCGUUCCAGAGCAAGGAGCAGUAUGUUGCAUGUGCCAGGCAAAUAGUUUCUGAUGGGCAGGUGGUUGUUAAGUUUGGGAACAUCCUUGCCAAGCACUGCCUGGACCAGAGAUGCUCCAUGGAGCUGCUCCGUGCCACUGAGCACACCCAAUCCAUCAGCAGCCAGCUCGGCAUCGUGGCCAGGGUGAAAGCAGUGACUGGCGAGAGCAGGGCCUCCUCUGAGCUGCUGCUCAGCAACGUGCAGAACCUCAUUCAAGCAGUGCAGCACGUCCUGAGGGCGGCCGAGGCGGCGUGUGUCAAAGGUUUGGGACAACCCACAGCAGACCCUGAAGAAGAAGAAGUUGCUGCUUUCUGCCAGCAAUGGAGGAAAAAUCUGACACAGCACAGAGCCAAGGAGGCUUUGAAUUCCGACCGGGAUGAAUUAGGGCUCCGGAAAACUCGAGGGGCAAAGGCUGAACCCACCCUGAUGUCUCUGGUGCAAGAGCAACCCCCUCAGAGCAGGAAUAUCCCAAAGCAUCCCAGUCCUAGGAAAGGACACACAGUUAUGGACAGACAUCUGUAAAUCCACAGGGGCUGCUUGUCCCAGUGCUGUUGGAAGCAGAGGAAUACUUUGCAGUGUGAAGGAUUCAUGUUGGAGUUUUUCAUUGUGGCAGGAAAAUCUUGGAACAGGCUCCAUGGGGAGGCCAGGAAUCUUCUGGUGAGUGUUUUACCCCCAGGUGGUGAGAUGGGAUGGACGGGGCUCUGGAGAAUCCUGAUGCAGUGGGAGGUGUCAGAGGUAUCCCUGCCCAUGGCAGGGGGUGGAAUGGCAUGAGUUAAGGUCCCUUCCCACCCAAACUAUUCCAGGAUUUUGAGAUCCAGAGGUGCUCAGGCUUUGUGACAUCCUUCAGCCUUUCCUCCUUCACAUAUCCAGGGAUACAGCAGUGGGGAGUGUUUUGUCUCACCUGCUGCCCCUGAGACUGCAGAUUUCUUCCCAAAAUCCCACUCAGCCCCAGGAUUCUCUCCUAUCCAGAGUAAAUAUUCACUUCCCAAGAUCACCCACCUCACAGCUUCCAGAGUAUCCCAGACUGGUGACACUGCUGCUCCUCUAUCCUGGCUCUCCACAUCCAUCCUUCCAGCCUCAGGAUCAUGAGUUGUCUGAUGGAAACUCUGCUCCAUGCUGGAAUCCUGGAGAGGUGGAAGGGAGCCUCCCCUGUGGAAUACACAAUCCAACACCACAGCAGUUCACAGCUGGCUCCAUGGUGGCUGCAGCCCAUUCCAGCCCACCUUGGUGUCCCACCUGCAUCCCAACCACCUUCCCCAGCCCAGGAAUUCCAUUACGUGCAUGGCAGCAAGGAAUCUCCUCCAUAUUCCAAGAAAAAGCAGCAGCAGGCACACUGGAGACUCUGGGAAGCAAUCUGCAAUGGAUAAAGCAGAGGAGGGAAGGAGGGAGGGAGGCAGGAAGGAAACACACUUGGAGACAACAGGCUCUGAGGACUUACAGGCCUUUUUUAUCCAUGUCCUAUUCCCACACUAUUUUUCCCUGCUGGUUUGGUUUUUGAGGAAAAUCUUGACCAGCCACACCAGUGAGUAGAAGAAAUAACAGACUACUAAUAAAGGACUAAUGGGUUACUCCAAAAUAACAACCCAGUUCCAUGUCUAUUCUCUACGUUUGCUACACAAAAAAAAAAAAAAAAAAAAAAAAAAAAUUA